AUGAACAAAGUUUAAUCAAUUACGCAACCAAAUUUUUAUUAAUUUUCAAAUGCUUUUUUCAAAACAAUUUUUAAAGAAGCAGAUGUAAAAAUCAUUUAGAAUCUUUAAAGUAAUAUGAUUCAUCUAAUAAUCUUUAGAUAUUUUGAUGGAUAUUUCAAGUAUCAAUUUAUUUAGAUUUAAUUAGCCAAAAGAAAAAUAAUUUUUUAAGUCUCUGAAGUUAUUUAAUAAAUUUAAAAAUCUACAUAAAAAGGAGGAAAAUUACAAAGAAUCAAUAAACUUUGUUAAAGAAAUAUAAGAGUUAGUUGAUUAAGAAAGGACGAAUUUGAUAAAUAAAUCAAAAGUUGAAUUUUAUAGAUUUAUAUAUUAAUAAAUAGUAAACAAAUAAUAACAAGAAUUCAAUUAAUAAAUAUAUUGAAUAUUUUUAGAUUUAAUAUAAUAUCAAAAGGUAUUAACAUUUUCAAAUACUUAUAAACAUAUAAGUUGUUAAGGGUGCGAUAUAAGUUGUAGCUGAAACUGCUAAUAGUGGUUACUAUUUUUGUUUUGGGGAAUAAGCAAUUCUAAAAACAGGGAAAAUAGUUUACUUUCUAAAUGCUUUGCGAAUCUUAUUUAAGGUUGGAAUAGGGUUUAGGGAAAUAAUAAUCCAAAAGUAUGAGUAUUAAAAUUGUUAUUCAACUGGGUAUGAGCAUCUAAAUAAAUAUUAAUAGAACAUUAUUAAUAGAGCAUCUCAGUUAUGCUUACUCUCAUCAUAAUAAAGAGGUACAUGAAAAAUAAUUAUCAUUCAGAUUAACUAUAAAUGAUAUCAUAAUAAUUGAAGUAUGUAUUGAACAUAAAUACAUUAAAUGGAGUAGAUAGAAUAAUCCAUAAUUAACAUUUGUUGUAAAUUUAAUAUCUUUUAUUAGUUGUUGGAUGUAGAUACAUCAUAAGAAUUAUAUCCAUGUAUGUAUGGGGGUUGCUAUUAUUCUAAAAUUAAAUUAUUGGAUAAUAAGGCAGUAUGA